UUCUGAAUUUUCUAAAAGCAUGAAGAGUUUCUUACAUCAGACAGAUCUUCUCGGCUUACCGUUGACCAGAAAGCAAACCGUUGUCCUGUUUCUACUAUUAGCCAUGUCGGAGCUAGCGUCAAGUCAAGCCGUACAAGAAGACCCAUAUAACCCUUAUGACUACGGCGGCAGGCUCUCUCCCGCCAUGGCUGUGGUCGUUGUAGCUAUAGUCAUCAUUCUCUUCUUCAUCGGGUUCUUCACCGUCUACAUCCGUCACUGCACGGGGACAGUCGACGGCAGCGUUAACCUUUGGGUAGGUGCAAGGAGAGUGACGAACGCGACAGUGGCGCGUGGUCUCGACGCGUCAAUGAUUGAGACGUUCCCAACUUUCGUCUACUCGGAAGUGAAGACAAAGAAGAUAGGGAAAGGUGUGUUGGAGUGUGCGAUAUGUCUGAACGAGUUCGAGGACGACGAAACGCUGCGUUUGCUACCUAAAUGCGAUCACGUGUUCCACUCUCACUGCAUCGGCGAAUGGCUCCAGGGUCACGUGACUUGUCCCGUUUGCCGCACUAAUCUCGCUGACCAGCAGCAGAUGGUUGGACCUGUCGAACCGGAAGUAAUAACCGAAACGGAUCUCGAGUCGCAACAACCGGUAAUUUCUGAACCGGGAGUGGAGAGUGUUGCGCGUGUUAAAUUCUCUAGGUCACACACGACGGGACAUUCAGUGGUAUUACCUGGAGAGUGUACCGAGCGGUUUACUCUAAGGUUACCGGAAGAUCUAAGGAAUAAGAUGAUAGCAAAAUGGAAGAUGAAACGGUCGAAUAGUCUUUUGGUUCUACCGAGGAGUGCUAAACCGGUUGACCGAUCAAGGACUCGAUCGGACCGGUGGCUGUUCAUCAAAACAUCGUCGUUUAUGUGGCGAAGCCGGGACGAUGGUUCGGUUAGGCUAGGUGGUAGUGGUAGUGGUAGCAUUAGAGCAAAUGCAGUAACAAGUCCGACCGGGGACUCGGUACGAGCAGACCGGUGGAGUUUUCUUAAAAACACGUCGCUUUUGUGGAGGAGUACGCAGGUUCCUUGGCCGAGAGUUGAAAUUGAUAAAGGCGGUGAAGGAACAUCAUCGGUUCAAGGUCAACAUACCGACACAAUUGAAUGACUAGUGGUUCCUUUAGUUGAACGGUUUAGUUGGCUGAAACGUUUAGAUUGUAAAUACAAUAGUAUAAUUGAUGGAUCAAAAGAGUAUGAAAUAUAA